AGAGGUCCGGGGCGCCCAGCCAGCACCCGCCACUCCCGGCUCCACUCCGCUCCUUCGCGUCUCCGCCGCCCGUCCUCUCCUUUUUCUCCAGCCGUCCGUCCCGUCGGUCUCCCCAGCCGCCGCCGCCAUGGAAGCCAUCAAGAAAAAGAUGCAGAUGCUGAAGCUGGACAAGGAGAACGCGAUAGACCGAGCCGAGCAGGCGGAGGGGGACAAGAAGCAGGCGGAGGACCGGUGCAAGCAGCUGGAGGAGGAAAAGCAGGGCCUGGAGAAAAAGCUGAAAGGAACCGAGGAUGAAGUGGAGAAAUACUCCGAAGCGGUCAAGGAAGCCCAGGAGAAGCUGGAGAUGGCCGAGAAGAAGGCGGCCGACGCUGAGUCAGAUGUGGCAUCUCUGAACCGUCGUAUCCAGCUGGUGGAAGAGGAGCUGGACCGAGCACAGGAGCGCCUGGCCACCGCGCUGCAGAAACUGGAGGAGACGGAGAAGAUGGCUGAUGAGAGCGAGAGAGGCAUGAAGGUCAUCGAAAACCGAGCCAUGAAGGACGAGGAGAAGAUGGAACUACAGGAGAUGCAGCUGAAGGAGGCCAAGCACAUCGCUGAAGAGGCAGACCGCAAAUAUGAAGAGGUGGCCCGUAAGCUGGUGAUCCUGGAGGGGGAUCUGGAACGCUCUGAGGAGAGGGCAGAGGUGGCCGAGAGCCGUGUGAGGCAGCUGGAAGAGGAGCUCCGUACUAUGGAUCAGGCCCUCAAAUCCUUGAUGGCUUCAGAGGAAGAGUAUUCCACCAAGGAGGAUAAAUACGAGGAGGAGAUAAAGCUGCUGACAGACAAGCUGAAAGAGGCUGAGACUCGGGCAGAAUUUGCUGAGAGGUCUGUGGCAAAGCUGGAGAAAACCAUUGAUGAUUUAGAAGACGAGGUCUAUGCCCAGAAGAUGAAGUACAAGGCCAUCAGUGAGGAGCUGGACAAUGCGCUGAAUGACAUCACCUCCCUCUGAGCCCCAGCACGGCUGCACUGCCCUGCCCUGCCCAGACACCCCUUGAGCACCCCCUCCUUUUGCAGAUGCCUUGUCAGCUCUCUCCCCCUCCCCAUACUUCUCCACCCCGGGGGAGAAUGGGCCGAGGGGGGGUUUCCAUGGAGGGAGUGGGGCUUUUCUAUGCCCAAGUGCCUUAGGGCUGCACUAUUGGGGGGCUGGCUGUGCUAAGAAAGCAGCCUGCCUUAUGUAGGGUGGGGGACUCGCUGGCCAGGGAAAGGCCCCUGCCUGGGUGGGACGGGAGGGCCACAGACCCCAGACCCCUACUGGACCCUCCUGGCUCUGCUUGUUCGUCCCCCUUGCCUGUCUUCCACAGUGCCUUCCACGUUCUGUUCUCAUCUUCUUCAUUUCAAUAAACAUCUCUCAAGCUCUCCUUC